AAAAAAAAAAAAAAAACACAUUACAGUUAAGGUCUGCGCAAGCACAAUGUGUGGUACUUAACCUUGAAAACCCAGCAAGUGUUUUAUUUAUUUAUUUAUUUUCAGUUUUGAAAUCCAAUUAUACCCUUCACUCAUGAGAGCUUCUCUCAUCUUCAACUGUUAAGCUAAAGCCCUACGCCUAAACCCCUCUGUGUAGAACUAGGGGUGGUUUCUCAUCUGCCAAACAAAGCCUCAUCAAUCUCAUUGAUCAACUCGUCUCUUUCAUUAUACUUCUAAUGGCGACUCGCGCAUUUUCAAGAUCAAAGUUCGCAAUUUUCUCCUCGAUACUCCUUCGUGGCCUAAAAAGAACAACCACCCAAGAGACCCCACUGCUUCGAAAAUUCAGAAUUCCAGAAUCAGAAAUCGAGUCGUCGAAACCCAUUUGUGGGUUUAGGCUAUACCACGAUGGGAGGCCGAGAGGACCGCUUUGGAGGGGCAAGAAGUUGAUUGGCAAAGAAGCGCUUUAUGUGAUAUCGGGUUUGAAGCGGUUCAAGGAUGACGAAGAGAAGCUUGGCAAGUUUAUAAAGAACCAUGUUUUGAGACUCUUGAAGAUGGAUUUGAUUGCUGUUCUCACUGAGCUUGAGCGUCAAGAAGAGGUCAAUUUGGCAAUUAAGGUGUUUAAUGUGAUUCGAAAGCAAGAUUGGUACAAUCCUGAUGUGUAUCUGUAUAAAGACUUAAUCAUUUCAUUAGCAAGAUCUAAGAAAAUGGAUGAUGUUAUGCUGCUGUGGGACAGCAUGAAAAAGGAGGAUCUAUUCCCUGACUCUCAAACAUAUACAGAAGUUAUUAGGGGUUUUUUGAGCUCUGGUUCUCCUGCCGAUGCAAUGAACAUAUAUGAAGACAUGAAGAACUCUCCAGAUCCACCAGAGGAGCUACCAUUCCGUAUUUUGUUGAAGGGGCUUCUACCACACCCCCUUUUGAGAAACAGAGUCAAGCAAGACUUUGAGGAGCUCUUUCCUGAACAGCAUGUGUAUGAUCCUCCGGAAGAGAUAUUUGGUGUGCGCUGCUGAGGCUUGCAAUCUGUGCUUCAUGCCUUUUUUGUAGAACUUAGCAUGCACCACACGCAUGUUAUAUUGAUUCUGUUAUUGUCAUCGUCCCAAUUGAAGUUUAUUUGGUUCCAGGUCUUCAAUUCAUUUCUCAGUUCAUUGGAGGAGGUUGGAACGUAAAAUUGCUAUUCUUCUUUAGAGCAUCGAAGUUCGGAGCUCUUGAAACGUAACUUGUCAUGUGCUGCAAAAUGUUCUUCUAGCCAUGUGAACUGUUAGACUUGCCUGUGUCGCCGUUGAUGAGCAUGUACAUUAACUGAUAUGAGUGAAGGUGAAUUUUGUACCCUGUAUAUCUUGGCACAGCCAAUGUCUAGGGAAGCUUAAGGCGCCCUCAGGAUUUUUAGGUGGCGAAACACACUGUUGCUUUACCGUGCAAAGACCAAAUUUAGCCUGGAAGACAAUGGAAUCGUGAAAGUUUAAAUGCUCAAA